GAACAGCUUAAGGAAUGAACACCCGGUACCGAAAAGUAAUUUGAACAGGUGUAGACCCGAGUACGCAAACUAUCGAUUGCUGAUACAAAGGAACAAUAACGGGACGAGAACUUGUUAGAAGUUUCCGGUCACACACCAACUGUCGUCGUAGCAACCAAUCCCCCUCCAUUCACUCACGAACUCGGGGCUAGAACGUUCCAGAUUUCUCCCCUCCUGCUAUAAAUACAAAGUGACGAAAGCCAUCUGCGUUAUACACACACGUUAGAAGCAGCAACAAGGAACAUGUCUCGAUCGCUGAUACCCGCUCUAAUAGGAGAUAAUUGGUGGUCCAUGUGGGAUUAUCCUCAUCGUUUAUUCGAUCAACACUUCGGAUUAGGAUUAAGUGACGAAGAUUUCUUCCCCAUGACGAUGUACAGGGGACAAAUGGUUCGACCUCGACGACAACUGAGUCGACAGGAUUCUAGUUCGGGUGUUUCCGAGGUUGUCAAUACUCGCAAUAAGUUUCAAGUCAUGACUGACGUCAGCCACUUCUCUCCCGAAGACAUAAGUGUUAAAACCGUUGAUAACUGCGUGGUUAUACACGGAAAACACGAGGAGAAAGUGGAUCAACACGGCUUCGUUUCUAGAGAAUUCACCCGAAGGUAUGUCCUUCCCAAAGAAGUCGACCCCGAAAAAGUUACCUCGUCGUUGAGUCCAGAUGGUGUAUUGACAGUGGAAGCUCCCAAAAAGUGCUUAGAAUUACCUUCUAACGAGAGAGUGGUUCCUAUAACGGUUCAGAAAGCUCCAGAUGUCGACAUGGAAGAACAAUCACAGAAGCAAUAAGCUUGGGUAUAUUGUGUUUAUUAAUUGGCACCCUCUAUUCUGUAUUGCAUUUUAUAUUUUAAUUGUGAAAAUAAAUGUAACUGAUUUUAAUUAUUAAUCUGUGUGAUAGUUUCUUUUUUACUUUUAUUUAAAAAACUUAAAAUGCCUUAACCUAUAAACUCUAUUAUUAAAGCCUCAUAUAUUGUAAUUUUUACGAACAAAAAAUAUUUAAAGACCUUUUUUAAUUAAUAAAGAAAUCUAAAUGCAAAAAUAUGGCAAAGGGGCCUCCGAGGAGAGAGGAGGCUCCUUCUACCCCCGGG